UGAGCUGUGCCGGGCUCUGCUGCUCUGCUCUGCUGUGGGGAUGGCUGAGAAAAGGCGAUCGCCGUCCACACUGAGUUUGAAAGCUCAUGCCUUUUCCGUGGAAGCGCUGAUCGGGGCGGAAAAGAAACGGAAACUGGAUGAGCGCCGCGAGGAUGGUGUUGAGAUGAAAGAUAUAACGAGUCAGACUGAGAACGCGCCGAACAGCGACAGAAACUCCGAGGAUGAGAAAAGCUGUGGGACUGACUAUAGCGAGAGAUCGGCGCUUAACGGAGAAGACGAUUCGGAGAUGCCCUCUCCUCCAAUACUCACCAAGACCUAUGCGCCCUCCAAGUACAACAGCUCCCGAGAGGACAUUCGCGUGGAGCUGCAAGGUGCUGAUCUGUGGAAAAGGUUUCACGAUAUCGGCACCGAGAUGAUCAUAACGAAGGCAGGGAGGAGGAUGUUUCCUGCGAUGCGGGUGAAAAUCACAGGUCUGGAUCCCCACCAGCAGUAUUACAUAGCGAUGGAUAUUGUCCCAGUGGAUAACAAGCGGUACAGGUAUGUGUACCACAGCUCCAAGUGGAUGGUGGCUGGUAAUGCGGACUCUCCCGUCCCUCCUCGGGUUUACAUCCACCCGGACUCUCCGGCCUCGGGAGAUACCUGGAUGCGACAGGUCAUCAGCUUCGACAAACUCAAACUCACCAACAACGAGCUGGAUGACCAGGGACAUAUCAUCCUGCACUCGAUGCACAAGUACCAGCCCCGAGUCCAUGUCAUCCGCAAGGAGUGUGGAGAGGAGCUGUCUCCCGUCAAACCCAUCCCGACAGGAGAAGGGGUGAAGCAUUUCAGUUUUCCCGAGACGGUGUUCACCACAGUGACCGCCUAUCAGAACCAGCAGAUCACUAGACUGAAGAUUGACAGAAAUCCGUUUGCAAAGGGAUUCCGGGAUUCAGGACGUAACAGAAUGGGGUUAGAAGCUAUCGUGGAAUCCUAUGCAUUUUGGAGACCCUCUCUACGGACUCUCAGCUUUGAAGAUAUACCUGGGAUCCACAAACAAGGUGGCACAUCAGUCUCUUCUCUCCAUCAAAGUGCAGGGAAUGUUGCACCAUCUCACCUCCUGCCUGCCUCCUCCUGCUCUUCUCCAGCUUUCCACCUUGCACCAAAUGCCAGCCAGCUCUGCAACCUCAGCCCAGCAGACUUCACAGCCUGCAACCGCACGGGACUGGCCCUCAACAGAUAUAGUAGCAGUCUCGCUGAAACUUACAACCGGCUGACAAAUCCUGGCAGUGAACCCUUUGUGUCCCAGAGGACCCCUUCCUACAUUGGAGUAGCUAACACGGCAAGUGUGAACAUGUCAUUAUCAGGAGGUGAAGGAGAAGCAUUUAACUGCCAUCAGACUGGGUUGCCAGUACCAAUCUCCGGGAUGUCAUCUCCCCAGCUUCAGUACAUCAUGCCUUCUCCAUCUAGCAAUGCCUUCACUGCCAAUCAGACCCAUCAGGGGUCCUAUAGUACCUUCAGACUGCACAGCCCAUACAGUUUAUAUGGAUAUAAUUUCUCUACUUCUCCCAGACUGGCAGCGAGCCCUGAAAAAAUAGUUGCUUCCCAAGGAGGUUUCUUAGGUUCAUCGCCCAGUGGUACCAUGACUGAUCGACAGCUCUUGCCCGGUGUGGAGGGGAUGCAUAUGCUUAAUGGCAGCCAGCAAAGCAUGUUUGACACACGAUCAUUAGGGAGCUUAACAGCUUCACCAUCUCAGAUUGCAGCACACAUGGUUUAAUAGUCAAGGUUGAGGCAAAGUUUGGGCUCCUAAUUACUGAACUAAUGCAAAACAUUCUUGUUUUAUCCAUUUAUCAACAUGUUCACAUUUACCCAGUAUGUUAUUCAAUUGAGGUGCAGUUAUGGUAAAGGUUGAAAUUAUCAGAGACUGGAACAUCUUUGGGCUUUUCACCGCAUAUUAGCAUUUGUUUCUGAACCAUCUCCAUGUAGAUACUGUUUACACUUUCCAGUAUACAUCACUGGAUAGCUACCAGGAGCACAAGCUUACAUACAUUUAUUCCCCUUCUCAUGAUUUUCUUAAUUAAAUUACACAUGUGUUUGUUCCAAACUAGCCAUCCAGCAAACAUACUUUACUAGAGUACUUCAAUAGGAUCUAAUUUAUCAAAUGAGUGACAGCAUGAUGGCAUCAAGAAUACUCACAAACAUAACCAGUAUUUCUUGCCCUACAGUCUGUUUAAUACACAACAGUUGAAAUUUAAACAUAACAUAAUUUUAAAAAUAAUAGGGAUGAAAUGAACAUCUUUAUAUUAUAUCUGGCAACACAACUGCAACAAAUGCAUUUAAUUUCCUUUACAGAUAGUUGUGGAAUACAGACAAAUCUAUCUCAAAGUGCUAGUAUUUCUGUUCAGUCUGUUAUGUUUUCAGCAUAGACUUUGGGAAACAAUAGCACUUAGUAAUAAUAGCUACUAAAUUGAAUCAAACCAGGAUUUUCUAAUGUCUUAAGAUUUAUAUAGGAUUUUAUAUGGGAGCACAAUUGAGGACUGCAUAUGGUGUGUAGCAUGUUUCACAUUCAAUAAUUUGAAGCCACAGUUCUCAUCUAGUGCCUUAAAAUGUAGCCAUACGCUUAGGGAUCCAGCACGUAUAAAGAAUGUUUACAUAUAAUGUUCUCCCGGAUGGAUAAAAGGGAUACAUGAGUCAGACAAUCUUGAUACAUGCAUUAAUAUAAAAAAACAAGAAAUGCCAUUUAGAAACUACAUCUGGAAUAUAUUCACAUGUAAACAUCUUAAUUCCUGAUCACUGCCAUCUGGAUGACUGCUUCUCUGAUGCUGACAAUAGCCCUCUACUCAGGAAGCAUUUGCCUGAUCUGCUGAAAUGAGGUGUUCCACAAGAUCUCAACAAGUCAGACCAUAUUUCUGGAAAAGAAAGCAAUUUCAGACAAAGCAAAUCAUCUCAGUGAACAGAGAACCUUGUGUGCCUAGAAAUGUACUAACUCUUAUUACAAGCAGAAGCACUUGAAAUUGUCGUGAUACACGAUAAUUGACAAUAUAAAAUGAGAAUACAUCUGUACAGUAACUCCCAACUGGGAAGGUGUGUGUGUUUUUCCAAGUAACAUUGGGAUCUUUUUUGCAAACCACUUUGAAUUUGAUAAGACUUGCUUUCAGAGAAGGACACCUUAUAUUAAAUGAUGGUCACAGAAGCAUUUUUCCAAAUUAAAAUGUCUUAUUGAGAAUAAUGACGAUGAACAUAAAAGCAACAUAUAAAAUAUUCUGUUUCUUUACCUUGGUUAGACUGUGUUCGUGUUCAUAGGAAACAUAAUUAGAUUGAAAAUGUAAGAACCAAACCCUCAUCACUCUUUCUGCACUGUGCUACACAAUAAGUGCCAAAUGUUCUACUUGUCUUUUGUUACCUUAACAAUGGAGAUGUAUGUUUAAAUUAUCAAGCCUUAUGUACAUGCAUAGUUAUGUCAAGAUAUUGUAAACCUGUACUUCUUUAAAUUGUUUAAAUGUGUAAAUAUGUUUCUACAAAGUUUUACUGGCAAUAAAAAGUAGACUUUCAAUAA